CUUUCCAAGAUCUGUACCCGGAGCGCACGGGAAUCCGCGGAGUCGCUGCGUGCAGGCCCUUUUUUUCUUUUGAGGUCCGCUUUCUUUGUAACUUUCCGCCGCGGCUGCUCGGGUUACUUUUGUAAUUUCCCGCCCCCGCCUGCUGGCGGUCCUGGAGUCGCUCGGGGCAGCGGCCCGGGGGAUGCAACGUGGACCGCGCGGGGCUGCCGGCCGCUCCGCCGCCGCGCCUCGCCGCCCGCUUCUCUAGAGCUCGCGCCUCGCCGGCAGUCAGCGGGCCAGCGCUCGGUCCUGGGCUCCCACUAGAGCAGGGAGCCCGAGCUCAAGGGAGUCUCCGGAGCCGACGAAGGGCUUGUUAGACCUGACUUUUUUCGGGCCGCGCAGAUUUUGUCUUCGAGCGCUCCCUCUCCGCGGACCACGGUCCGCGCGCUCUCAGCGCGCGCGAUGGGGAGACGGCGGCGGCUGUGUCUCCAGCCCUACUUCGUGUGGCUGGGCUGCGUGGCGCUCUGGGCGCAGGGCACGGCCGGCCCGCCCCAGCCCCCGCCGCCCAAGCCGCCCCGGCCCCAGUCGCCGCCGCAACAGGUCAGGCCCGCAGCGGCGGGCUCUGAAGGCGGGUUCGCAGUGCCCGAGUACCGGGAGGAGGGCGUCGCGGCGGCCAGCCGCGUCCGCAGGCGAGGACAGCAGGACGUGCUCCGAGGGCCCAACGUAUGCGGAUCCAGGUUCCACUCCUACUGCUGCCCGGGAUGGAAGACGCUCCCUGGAGGAAACCAGUGCAUUGUCCCAAUUUGUAGAAAUAGUUGUGGAGAUGGAUUUUGUUCCCGUCCUAACAUGUGUACUUGUUCCAGCGGCCAAAUAUCACCAACCUGUGGAUCAAAAUCAAUUCAGCAGUGCAGUGUUAGGUGCAUGAAUGGUGGGACCUGUGCAGAUGACCAUUGCCAGUGCCAGAAAGGAUAUAUUGGAACUUAUUGUGGACAACCCGUCUGUGAAAAUGGAUGUCAGAAUGGUGGACGUUGUAUUGGACCCAACCGCUGUGCUUGUGUUUAUGGAUUCACUGGUCCACAGUGUGAAAGAGAUUACAGGACAGGCCCAUGUUUCACUCAGGUCAACAACCAGAUGUGCCAAGGGCAGCUGACAGGCAUUGUCUGCACAAAGACUCUGUGCUGUGCCACCAUUGGACGGGCCUGGGGCCACCCCUGUGAAAUGUGUCCCGCCCAGCCUCAGCCCUGCCGGCGGGGCUUCAUCCCCAACAUCCGCACUGGAGCUUGCCAAGACGUUGAUGAAUGCCAGGCUAUUCCUGGGAUAUGCCAGGGAGGAAACUGCAUCAAUACAGUCGGCUCUUUUGAAUGCAAAUGUCCUGCUGGUCACAAGCAGAGUGAAACUACUCAGAAAUGUGAAGACGUUGAUGAGUGCAGCAUCAUUCCUGGGAUAUGUGAAACUGGCGAAUGUUCCAACACCGUGGGAAGCUAUUUUUGCGUUUGUCCACGUGGAUAUGUAACCUCAACAGAUGGCUCUCGGUGCAUCGAUCAGAGAACAGGCACAUGUUUCUCCGGCCUGGUGAAUGGUCGCUGUGCACAAGAGCUUCCGGGCAGAAUGACAAAAAUGCAGUGCUGCUGUGAGCCCGGCCGCUGCUGGGGUGUUGGAACCAUUCCUGAAGCCUGUCCCAUCAGAGGCUCUGAGGAAUAUCGCAGACUUUGCAUGGAUGGACUUCCAAUAGGAGGGAUUCCAGGGAGUGCUGGUUCCAGACCUGGAGGCACUGGGGGGAGUGGCUUUGCUCCAAGUGGCAAUGGCAAUGGCUAUGGCCCAGGAGGGACAGGCUUCAUUCCCAUUCCUGGAGGCAAUGGCUUUUCUCCUGGCGUUGGGGGAGCCGGUGUAGGGGCCGGGGGACAGGGGCCCAUCAUCACUGGACUAACUAUUCUGAACCAGACAAUAGAUAUAUGUAAGCACCAUGCUAAUCUCUGUUUAAAUGGACGCUGCAUACCUACUGUUUCUAGCUACCGAUGUGAAUGCAACAUGGGUUACAAGCAGGAUGCAAAUGGGGAUUGCAUAGAUGUUGAUGAAUGCACAUCGAAUCCCUGCACUAAUGGAGAUUGUGUUAACACACCUGGAUCCUAUUAUUGUAAAUGUCAUGCUGGAUUCCAGAGGACUCCCACCAAGCAAGCAUGCAUUGACAUUGAUGAAUGCAUCCAGAAUGGGGUUCUUUGUAAGAAUGGUCGAUGUGUGAACACAGAUGGAAGUUUCCAGUGCAUUUGCAAUGCUGGCUUUGAAUUAACUACAGAUGGAAAAAACUGUGUUGAUCAUGAUGAAUGUACAACUACCAACAUGUGUUUGAAUGGGAUGUGUAUUAAUGAAGAUGGCAGCUUCAAGUGCAUCUGCAAACCAGGAUUUGUCUUGGCUCCAAAUGGGCGUUACUGCACUGAUAUUGAUGAGUGCCAGACCCCAGGAAUCUGCAUGAAUGGGCAUUGCAUCAACAAUGAAGGGUCCUUCCGCUGUGACUGUCCCCCAGGCCUGGCUGUGGGUGUGGACGGACGCGUGUGUGUUGAUACUCACAUGCGCAGUACAUGCUAUGGUGGAAUCAAGAAGGGAGUGUGUGUCCGUCCUUUCCCUGGUGCAGUGACCAAGUCUGAAUGCUGCUGUGCCAAUCCAGACUAUGGUUUUGGAGAGCCCUGCCAGCCAUGCCCUGCUAAAAAUUCAGCUGAAUUCCACGGUCUUUGUAGUAGUGGAGUAGGUAUCACUGUGGAUGGAAGAGAUAUCAAUGAGUGUGCUCUGGAUCCUGAUAUAUGUGCCAAUGGAAUUUGUGAAAAUUUACGUGGUAGUUACCGUUGUAAUUGCAACAGUGGCUAUGAGCCAGAUGCCUCUGGAAGAAACUGUAUUGACAUUGAUGAGUGCCUGGUAAACAGACUGCUCUGUGACAAUGGCCUAUGCCGAAACACACCUGGGAGCUACAGCUGCACCUGCCCACCUGGCUAUGUGUUCAGGACUGAGACAGAGACGUGUGAAGAUAUAAAUGAAUGUGAAAGCAAUCCAUGUGUCAAUGGGGCCUGCAGGAACAACCUUGGAUCUUUCAAUUGUGAAUGUUCUCCUGGCAGCAAACUCAGCUCUACCGGAUUGAUCUGUAUUGACAGCCUGAAAGGGACGUGUUGGCUCAACAUCCAGGACAACCGCUGUGAGGUGAACAUCAACGGAGCCACUCUGAAGUCUGAAUGCUGCGCCACCCUCGGGGCUGCCUGGGGGAGCCCCUGUGAGCGGUGUGAACUAGAUACAGCUUGCCCAAGAGGGUUUGCCAGGAUUAAAGGUGUUACUUGUGAAGACGUUAAUGAGUGUGAGGUGUUUCCUGGCGUUUGCCCAAAUGGACGCUGUGUUAACAGCAAAGGAUCUUUUCAUUGUGAGUGCCCUGAAGGCCUUACGUUGGAUGGAACUGGCCGUGUGUGUUUGGAUAUCCGCAUGGAGCAGUGUUACUUGAAGUGGGAUGAGGAUGAAUGCAUCCAUCCUGUUCCUGGGAAGUUCCGCAUGGAUGCCUGCUGCUGUGCAGUCGGGGCGGCUUGGGGCACUGAGUGUGAGGAGUGCCCCAAACCUGGCACCACGGAGUACGAGACCCUGUGCCCCCGGGGGCCUGGCUUUGCUAACAGAGGGGACGUUCUUACUGGGAGGCCAUUUUACAAAGAUAUCAAUGAAUGCAAAGCAUUCCCUGGGAUGUGCACGUAUGGAAAGUGCAGGAAUACAAUUGGAAGUUUCAAGUGCCGUUGCAAUAGUGGCUUUGCUCUAGACUUGGAGGAAAGAAACUGCACAGACAUUGACGAGUGCAGGAUUUCUCCUGACCUCUGUGGGAGUGGGAUCUGUGUCAACACGCCGGGCAGCUUUGAGUGUGAGUGCUUCGAAGGCUACGAGAGCGGGUUCAUGAUGAUGAAGAACUGCAUGGACAUUGACGAAUGUGAACGUAACCCUCUCCUUUGUAGGGGUGGCACCUGUGUGAACACUGAGGGCAGCUUUCAGUGUGACUGCCCACUGGGACACGAGCUGUCACCGUCACGUGAGGACUGUGUGG